UCACUGGAACAGGAAGAGUUGUUUACAUCCGGCUAAAAAGAACGAGCCUCAAGGAGAAAGCUAACUUCCUCGAGUUACAGUUUCGUAAACGUUCCGAUUUUUUCACCACCAGAAUGUCUAAACUAGAUGUGUUCAGGGAUUUGAUCAGUCAACGAUUAACAACGGCAGCUUUGGAGAUAUUCGCGGCCGCUGAAAAAUCGUUUGCCGAGUUCGAAGAGGAGAUUUAUCAUUCAAAGGCGGAGAGUGCGCGACUGCAACGGUUGUUGGACAUUGUUACUCAACCUGAAAUCAAGCUUCACCGAACAGAUGUGCAGCAGCUCUCUCUCCCGGAACCCCCACAGAUUAAAGAGGAACAGGAGCUAUGGACCAGUCAGGAGGAAGAGCAGCUCCAAGGACUGCAGUCUGAAACUACACACUCCGUGUUCACUUCUACCAGUGUGAAACACGACUGGGAUCAGGAAGGUUUUUCUGAAUGUUCACAUCUUGACCAAACUGUUAAAGUGGAGAACAGAGAAGGAGACUCUCUACCCAGCAACACAACUGAGGAGCAAAUCAAAGCAGAGCCUGAUGGAGAAGACUAUACAGCAUCAGAACCAGGCAGUGACUCUCAGCCCCUCUCUGUUGAAGCUCCAGACUGUCCUACAGCUCAGAGUUUGGAGGAGGAAGAACAUGAACGAGAGCUGCUUCUUCGAAACAGAACACAAAACAAUGAGGCUCUGCCAAGGCAACAUAUGCCACAGAUACGUUACACAAGACAAACACUACAUCAGUGUCUAAUAUGUUACAAAACUUUUAGUGAAAAAAGGGCUUUGGUUUAUCAUGUAAGGACACACACAGGAGAGAAACCAUAUCAGUGUCAACAAUGUAACAAACGGUUUAGUCAGAGUAAUAUUCUGGCUGUGCACAUGAGAACACACACAGGAGAGAAACCUUAUCCAUGUCAGGAGUGCAGCAAACGCUUUGGUCAAAGGGAAUAUCUGGUACAACACAUGAGGACACACACAGGAGAGAAACCUUUUCAAUGUCAGGAAUGUAACAAACAAUAUGCUCGAAAAUAUACUCUGGUGGCACACAUGCAGGCACACAAAGAGAAACCGUAUAAAUGUCAAGAAUGUAACAAAAUGUUCACUUUGAAGGCACAUUUGGUUGUGCACAUGAGGAGACACACAGGAGAGAAACCAUAUCAAUGUCAGGAAUGUAACAAAAUGUUCACUUUGAAGUCACGUUUGGUUGUGCACAUGAGGACACACACAGGAGAGAAACCUUAUCAAUGUAAGGAGUGCAGCAAACGGUUUAGUAAGAAUUGUAAUCUGGUUUCGCACAUAAGAACACACACAGGAGAGAAACCUUAUCAAUGUCAAGAAUGUAACAAAAUGUUCACUUUGAAGUCAUAUUUGGUUAUGCACAUGAGGUCACACACAGGAGAGAAACCUUAUCAAUGUCAGGAGUGCAGCAAACUCUUUGCUCGAAGUCGUUCUCUGCAUAAACACAAGACGACACACAGGAGAGAAACUGCAUCAGUAACAACAAUGUAACAGAUCUUUUUCUGGGUGGCUCAGUAGGGGUGGGCGGUAUACUGGUAUGAAUGCGAAUACCGGUAUGACGUUGUGCCAUCAUAUGGAUUUUGCGAAAUCACGAAAUAUUGAUAAAUGUAUUAAGUAUAACAUACUUCUGUUUGGUAUAACAUAUAAGUCAAGUGAUACAGCCUAGUGGACCAGUCCAAAUUUGUAUCUUUUACUAAUAAAAAACAUUUAAGCACGCUGCACGCAAUUGUGCCAGCCAAACAUUCAUUGGAGUAAACUGCUUUUGUUGGCAAGUGUAAGCAAGCCUUAAUGAUGUCUGAAAAUAUUAACGCCAGUGGGGUUGAUUUGCCGGACGAAUAAGAAUUGGUAAAAAAGGGGGCCUCUUCUGUCGUUUGGAAAUGAUUUGGUUUUAAGUUAUCCGACAUCGA